ACAAAAAAAAAAUGAAACAAUAAAGAAUUAAUUUUAAUUUAAGUUCCAAUCCAAAACUUAUAUUUUCUCUCUUUUGAUGUCACCAAAUUCUUCAUCCUAUAUUCAUCAAGAGAGGGUAAAUUGAGUUGUUUUUAUUUUUAAGAUUACAAAUCUUAUAUUUUAAGAAGGUUUAUCUAUUGAUAUCUUUGAGCGACUUAAUUGUCUGUUAUAGCAGGUUAAUUAUACUUAUAGUAUUUGAAACAAUGCUUGCUCUAUCUUCAUCAUUGAGCUACAAAAAUGAAAGGGAAAAUUAUGAUUUAUUCCAAGAUUUUUCCCAUGGGAAUUUAAUCGACACCAUCGAUUUUGAUGACUUUUUCGAUGAAAUCAACGGUGGAGAUUUACUGCCAGAUUUCGAAUUUUUUUGUGAAGAAUCUGCUAUUCAUGGAAAUAUGAAAUCUAAGUCAAAAGAAGCUAAAAAAUCAUCUAGCAAAAUCAAAAAUCCUCAAGGAAAGAAAAAAGUAAAGUUGGAUUGGACUCCAGAGCUACAUAGGAAAUUUGUAAAAGCAAUAGAGAAAUUAGGUGUUGAUAAGGCAGUCCCAUCAAGAAUUUUGGAGCUUAUGGCUACUCAUGGUCUCACUAGACAUAACAUUGCUAGUCAUCUUCAAAAAUAUCGAGCUCAUCAAAAACAUUUACUAGCGAGAGAAGCUGAAGCGGCGAGCUUGAACCAUAAAAAACAAAUGUAUAGCGAAGCCACCACAAUCGGAGGCGGACGAAAGAGAAUUUUGAUGAACCCCUGGCCCGCACCUCCAACCAUGGGUUUCCCACCCAUGGCUCAUCAUGUUAGACCCUUACAUGUUUGGGGGCAUCCACAUGUAAAUAAUUCUUUUUGGCAUCCACAUUAUCAAAGGGUAUCGAAUUCUCUUGCACCAGGCACUCCUUGUUUUCCUGCGCCAAUAACAUCCGCGAGAUUUGCAGCACCUCUAAUGGUCCCAGGCAUCCCACCAAGCCCUGCCAUCAUCAAAGUUGACACAAUUGCCUCUGAUUUGCAUCCCUUGAGAUCAAUUGAGAUGUCUAGAUGUACUUCGCUCUUAAUGUUGGAGUGCCUACUUACUAACUAGAUUGUGCUCACGCAUUACGUCAGUCAAAUGAGAGCAUAGAUGCAGCUAUUGAAGAUGUUUUAGCAAAGCCACAAUUGCCACUUCCCAUAGGACUCAAACCUCCAUCAAUUGACAGUGUGUUGAAUGAAUUACAACGUCAAGGGAUUACCAAAAUACCCCCAAC